CGGCAACCACUCUCUGGAAGAUGCGGCGGAGUCGGCGGACGACGGCCGGCCAUUCAUUCGUCGUCCAUCCUCCUCCUCCCACGACACCAUGGCUUCCUCUCCGCUCGCACCGGCCCGGACCUACUCGCCGCUAGCGCCCAAGCUGCCGCCGCCGCCGCCGUGUGCCCGCCCUCCUCAUCGCACUCGCACAGCUGCGGCCGCACGACGGCCAGUGCGCGCGCGAGUCCGAGCGACUUCUUCCGGCGUCGGCCCGGCCCCCGCGGCGAUGCCGACGGAGGAGCACACCAAGCGGUGCCUGAGGUGCGGCGGCCUGUACCGGGACGAGGAGAACCACCCGACCGCCUGCGCCUUCCACGGCCACGUCACAGGCGAGAAGGGGCUGUUCUCGCUGUCGCCGCCGCACCAGGGGAUCGACGGCGAAUGGAGCGACAGGAGCGGGGUCAUCGUCUACCGCUGGAACGACGAGGAGAGCCGCCCCAACACCGGCCGCGCCAACUGGAAGAAGCGCUGGAGCUGCUGCCAGGAGCGCGACGAGGACGCGCCGCCGUGCCAGCGCGGGUGCCACGUCUCCUACGACGACGGCCACACCCUCUUCUAGCCCUCGCUCUUCUUUGAUGUCAGUAAAAAAUCUUGUCAAGCCACUGCUCCGUCUCGACGGCAGUAACAUUGCACUAUACGAAUAAGAUCACGAACUUCUUUGAUGUUCA